AAUCACGUGAAAACGGGUCGAUCGACCCAAAAAUUGUUUUUUUGUGUUUUUCGCAUUUUCGGCGUGUUUUCUCUGGAAAAUGCUCAGCGAUCGAGGGUCAAGAAAAACACAACACGUACAGAGAGACCAUACACGUCGUCUGUUGUUAUUGUUGGACAAGACAGGAGAGAAGAAAUAAGCGAACCUCCGUUCUGGCCGUGUUUCUGCAGCAAAAGACACACAGGAACGACACAGCACAGCAGUCCCGCACACAAUGAAGUUCGGAAUCUCGACAUUCUUGUUCUCCCUGGUGUUCAUAACACAGGCGUUUGCACACAUCGCCCUUCUUCCUCCUCGCGGAAAGGAGUGCUUCUACGAGACGUUGAAGAGCCAGGACGAAUUGGCGGUGACGUUCCAAGUCGGUGACCGAGACAGAGACGCCACGGAACAGCUCCACUGCGACUUCUGGAUCCAGUCGCCCUCCGGCAAGGUCCUGAAGACGUUGACGGACGCCUCGCACGGCUCGGUCCAGAUCAAGGCGGAGGAAAACGGUAAACACGUGUACUGCUUCUCGAAUGAGGACUCGAACAUGCAGACCAAGGACGUGUCCUUCAACGUCCACGGCGUUGUGUACGUCGAUGUCAACGACAACUCGGGCGACAACUUGGAGUCCAGCAUCAGAAAAUUGCUAGAGCUAGUCUACGACGUGAAAAACGAGCAGAACUACAUCGUCGUCAGAGAGAGAACUCACAGAAACACUGCAGAGUCCACCAACUCGAGAGUCAAGUACUGGUCCAUCAUCCAAUUGGUCGUCAUCAUUUUCAACUCUCUCUUCCAGGUCUUCUACUUGAAGAGAUUUUUCGAGGUCAAGUCCGCCAUCUAGGCGCUCUCUUUGCUCCCCCUUUCUCUCUGAACCCUUCCCUUCUUCCUCUUCUCUUCUAUAUACAGUUAGUCAUCUCACAUGUACACAUACAUACAUAGAUACAUGCAUAGUGGUGCUUACCCCCAACACGAUAAACCUGUACACCGCCUGGUCUCUCUGCCUCUUACCCCGUCCUCGCCUCCCCUUUCCCUCGCCAUACUGUAAAAUCCCGACAUGUCUGGGAAAAGCGAUUAUAUCUCGAUUGGUUCACCUGCCUGUAGUCAGACAUGGC